AUGACGCUCGCGGGCGGUGACUGUGCUGCGCGAGGCGCCGCGGGGCAGGCCACUUCGGCCAUGAGGCGGCAACAGCAGCGGCGUCGGCCGCGCCGGGGGUCGGGCCAGGGUCUCGGGGCGGAGCGGGGGUGGCGCGUCUCCCCGAGCGACCGAGGCGCGCCCAGCACCAACGAGGGCGGAAAGAAGGCGGCCGCCGCGUCCUGCCACAGCUUGUCCGGCGCCGAGUCCCAGCACGAGAUGAGGCGGCUGAGGAGCCCCAGCCGCUUCUCCCCGCCGCCGCGCGGGUUCACCGACCCCUACAGCUCGGAGCCCGAGGCGGCGGGGGGCGAAGGCUGCUUGGAACGCCAGGCCCUGUCGCAAAUGUACCGCGACGAAGCGCGAACGGUGGUUCCGCGCAAGGGCAAGAGCGGGACGAACUCGCAGCAACGCAGCAAAACCCACCGCGCCGCCUCCGCCCACCCGCGCCGCUUGGCCGCGUGGCCGCAGCACCACCCGGCCCCGGCGGGCGAAGGCUGCGCCACCCCUUGCACCACCUCCUGCACCACCCUGUAUGGCGGGGAAUUCCAAGCCCACCCGGAGCCCCCCAGCCGCUCCCCGGCGGGAAGGGGCACGCGCGUGGAGGAGCUGCUCCGGGAUGACCAGUGGGCCAGCCCUGUGCCCAGGCCGGGCGAGUAUGGCACCGAUUUCCCCACCGACGCCAGCAAGCCGCCCUCCAUCUGCCCCUCUUCCUUCUCCUUCUCCCAGCUGGACAAGCCCAACCUAAAGUUGCCCAAGAAGGAGCUCAAGCGAGGAAAUUGGCAGGAGCCCUGCGAGAGCAGCCCCAGUAUAACAGACCUCAUGCACUCCUUGGCUAGACCCUAUGAGGACGAGGAGACACAAGCAUACCUCGGUCGUGACCCAAAUGGCCAGCACCACCGCCACUACUACCACCAUCACCAUAAGUCCCGGAAAGGAGACACCCAGAUCAACCACCAAGAUUUCACUGACAAGAGAUAUGAGGACUUGAUUCCUGAAAGAGACAAAAAAAUUGCGGCUCUGAUGUUGGCCAGGCACCAGGAAGAGGAAGACUUGAAGGACAAGCAGCUCCAGACCUCUGAGGCUUGGGAACAGAUGAAGCGGAAAGAGAGGAAACACAAAGCACGGAUGGAGAAGGAGAGACAGUACCAGCUGGCAGAAAGUCUAGAGCAGUGGCAACGGGAACGGGAUCAAAGGAAAGCCAAGCUCAGAUUGGAAGAACAACAGCUGUUGGCGGCCAGAGAGAAGGAAAUGAUGUUACGUGACAAAAAGUGGAAAAAAAUGACCAAAGAGCAGGAGAGCAGGCGGAGGAUAAAACUUGACAAUAAUAAACUUCAGGCUGACUAUAAGAAACGUUGUCAGGAAAGGCAGCUCUGGGACAAAAGUUUAAAUGAGAGGAAUGCUAAGGAGCGCGCCUCUCAUUUGUAUAAGGAGCAGAUGCUGCAGGCCCUGGAGAGGAGGCUGAUGAAGGAAAUGGAAAAGAAAAGGAAGAGAGCAGAUAUGAACAAAUACAAAAAAGCCAGACACAUGCACAUGAAGGAACAGGUGGACGACAAAGUGAAAGCCGAGGAGCUCUACAAAAGGCUCUGUAUUGAACAGAAGCUCCAGAGGUCUCAAGAAAUCCUGGAGCAGCUGCUUGAAGAAAGAAACAGAGAAUUAAAAGAAAAAUCUUUCAAGGAAGAAGAACAAGGCUUGAUAGCAAAGGUUAGAGCAAAAGAGACGGAGGAAGAAAAGAGAAGGCGCAAGGAGAUGUUGCUGCAGAUAGCCGAGAUGAAGAUCCAGCAAGCCAAAGAAAUCGUGAACAGAAAUACCCAAAACAGAGUACAACGUGCGAGAGAAAUUAACUUUGUGAAAGAAAGAAACCAUCACUGCCGCAAACAGAAGCUUGAUGAUGAUGAGAAAUGUCAUCUGCGGGAAAUUCAAGAAGCCAUAAGAAGGAAAGAUCAGAAAAGCAACCAGAUUCUAAGGGACAAGGAGACAGCUAUUGAGGAAUCUCGGAGAAUAGCCAAAGCAUCCUAUGACCUGAGAGAAAAAAUGAGAGAUCUGAUAAAUCGUGGUUCAUUUGAUCAGAUGGCUUUUGAUGCCCAUCGCCAUGCGAGUCUCCUGAAGGGUCUCUAG